AAAAAACCUCCCACGAACACCAGCUCUCUGCCUCCUCGACGCGCGCCGCCCACGACUCUAUAGCUUCCCAUAAACCACCGCAAUACCACCAUCCUGUCCCCGGAGCGCGACUGGUUGCUGAUAAGUCAAUCACAGUCAAAAUGAAGCUCGUCAGAUUCCUGAUGAAAUGUGCGAAUGAGACGGUGACCAUCGAGCUCAAGAAUGGCACGAUCGUCCACGGCACGAUCACGUCGGUCUCGCCGCUGAUGAACACGUCGCUGCGGGCGGUGAAGAUGACACCGCGGGGCCAGGACCCGAUCUCGCUCGACACGAUGAACAUCCGCGGCUCGACGAUCCGGUACAUCAUCCUGCCCGACUCGCUCCCCCUCGACACCCUCCUGAUCGACGACUCGGUCAAGCCAAAGAACAAGGCGCGCAAGGAGGUGGCGGACCGGGCCGGCCGCGGCGGAGGACGGGGCCGGGGCCGUGGUCGUGGCCGUGGCCGGGGACGAGGCAGGCCGUGAAGGGACGAAAUCGGGGGAACGCCCUUUGGAUCGAAGCGGGAUACAGGAUAACGGAAAUUAGACGAUGAUGCCGCGUCGGCACGUCCUACAUAUCCUCCCGGGGGGGGAAGAAGCGGAGGAACGAGGGGCGAGAAGGCUUGUUUGCGGUAUAGCAUGACAUGGGCAGUAUUACACGUUAAUGUACAGGAGGGCUUGCAUCUACUAUUACUACUACUACUACUGCUGGUCAAACUGGCGCGGGCGUUUGGGGAGGCAAACGAAAAGAGAUAUAACACCAUCGAUGGCGCACUGCUGGCAUAACUCUCCCUACACCUUCACCUUCACCACCAAUUUUAGUACCAUGGCCGUCAACCUAAGUUCCUGAGAAAGCAAUAAACCCCCACUAGCUAGGCCUGAGAAGCCUUCCAUCGCUGAUGCAAACUCCAGCCACGUCGUCAUCCCGCCGGCAC